CUGUGGGAGACCGUACAUAAAGCUGAGCCAUGGGGAGGGAUCCAUGGACAAAGGGGACAGGAUACAUCGGACAGGUACAACCGUCCUCUGACUAAGCUUCUCUUCUCUGCCAGUGCUACCUUUCCCUUCCACACCACUACCGUUCUCUAACUAUUGAGCCAAGCCAAGCUGUACUCACACCCUCUUCUGUCCACCGGUUUUGCACACCUUCGUCUACCGAUUAGCUUCACAUCUCUUCCAGUGCUGCCUUUCCUCCCACAUCAUUGAGCCAAGCUGUCCUGUACUGGCGCUGUCCUGGUCAUGCAUCCACCACAGGAGCUAGGGCUAGCUGCUAGAGAGGACCAUGAUUGUCCCAGAGUGGAUUUUAUACGGUGUGUGCUGUGUAGCAGUGCUGAAUGCUUUGCAGCAGUGUUUAAUGCUUUGUAGCAGUGUUUAAUGCUUUGUAGCAGUGCUGAAUGCUUUGUAGCAGUGCUGAAUGCUUUGUAGCAGUGCUGAAUGCUUUGUAGCAGUGUUUAAUGCUUUGUAGCAGUGUUGAAUGCUUUGUAGCAGUGUUGAAUGCUUUGUAGCAGUGCUGAAUGCUUUGCAGCAGUGCUGGAGGCUUUGCAGCAGUGUUGAAGGCUUUGUAGCAGUGUUGAAGGCUUUGCAGCAGUGCUGAAGGCUUUGCAGCAGUGUUGAAGGCUUUGUAGCAGUGUUGAAGGCUUUGUAGCAGUGUUGAAGGCUUUGUAGCAGUGUUGAAGGCUUUGCAGCAGUGUUGAAUGCAUUGCAGCAGUGUUGAAGGCUUUGUAGCAGUGUGGAAUGCUUUGCAGCAGUGUUGAAUGCUUUGCAGCAGUGCUGAAGGCUUUGCAGCAGUGUUGAAUGCUUUGCAGCAGUGCUGAAUGCUUUGCUGCAGUGCUGAAUGCUUUGCAGCAGUGCUGAAGGCUUUGCAGCAGUGUUGAAUGCUUUGUAGCAGUGCUGAAUGCUGUGCAGCAGUGCUGAAGGCUUUGCAGCAGUGUUGAAGGCUUUGCAGCAGUGUUGAAGGCUUUGCAGCAGUGCUGAAUGCUUUGUAGCAGUGCUGAAUGCUUUGCAGCAGUGCUGAAUGCUUUGCAGCAGUGUUGAAGGCUUUGUAGCAGUGCUGAAUGCUUUGUAGCAGUGCUGAAUGCUUUGUAGCAGUGCUGAAUGCUUGUAGCAGUGCUGAAUGCUUUGUAGCAGUAUUGAAUGCUUUGUAGCAGUGUUGAAUGCUUUGUAGCAGUGCUGAAUGCUUUGUAGCAGUGUUGAAUGCUUUGUAGCAGUGUUGAAGGCUUUGUAGCAGUGUUGAAGGCUUUGUAGCAGUGUUGAAGGCUUUGUAGUAGUGUUGAAUUAUUUGCAGCAGUGCUGAAUGCUUUGUAGCAGUGCUGAAUGCUGUGUAGCAGUGCUGAAGGCUUUGUAGCAGUGCUGAAUGCUUUGUAGCAGUGUUGAAGGCUUUGUAGCAGUGCUGAAUUAUUUGUAGUAGUGUUGAAUUAUUUGCAGCAGUGCUGAAUGCUUUGUGGGAAUCCCAUCUCCAUGGUGAGACAAUGACCAUAGGAGUUAUUUGGGAAGACAGCACUAGCAGAUCUGAUACCAGGCUGAUCUUGCCUCACAAUAGAGAGGUGUGAUUUGUUUUGCAGUAGUGUUGAACCCCCAAUCCAUAAGACUCCUGAACAGCUAAUCAAAUGGCUACCCAGACAUAUUGCUACCCCCCCCCCACCCCCUAUUUUACGCUGCUGCUACUCUCUGUUUAUUAUCUAUGCAUAAUCACUUUAACUCUACCUUCAUGUACAUAUUAACUCAGUUACCUCGACUAACCUGUGUUAGUAUGUACCGGUACCCUCUGUAUAUAGCCUCCCUACUGUUAUUUUAUUUUACUGCUGCUCUUUAAUUAUUUGUUAUUUUUCUAUUUUUCUUAUUUUUUUAUUUUUACUUAUAAAUGUUUUACUUAACACAUAUUUUUCUUAAAACUGCAUUGUUGGUUAAGGGCUUGUAAGUAAGCAUUUCACUGUAAGGUCUACACCUGUUGUAUUCGGCGCGUGUGACAAAUACAAUUUGAUUUGAUUUGAUUUGAAGGUGUUGACCAUUACAGUAACGCUCUCUCUGUACCCAAAUCAGAGGAUCAGGUGGUGGCAUCGUCAGACUACGACGGCACCCACGAGGCCAACCACAGCGACAGCAGCGACGUAGCGGCGACAGAGGAGGGGGACGCAGAGGGGGGCAAAAACACCCCCCAAAACCUGAUCAUGCUGCCUCCAGAGGUGAGAAACAGCCGCAGCAACCGCAGAGGUAGCUCUAGUUUCCUGUUUCACAGCUCUAAGGUCUUUUGCCUUUUAGGUCAAGGGGUAUUCAACUCUGACCCUACGAGGUCCGGAAUAACUGCUGGUUUUCUGUUCUACCUGAUCAUUAAUUGCACCCACCUGGUGUCCCAGUUGUUAAUCAGUCCACGAUUAGAGGGGAACAAUGAUCAAAUACAGUGGAACUGGCUGUCUAGAUUUUGAUUUUUCGGGUUAUUAUUGGCUUACUUUGUUCAACCUCAUCAAGCAGAGGUACAACCACCAACAUAACACGUCCAGUGGUCCUCAGAGUGUUCAGUGCACAGAUUGGCACCACCAGCCAUCUAUGUUGUUUUAUGAUCUACAGUAGAGAGACAUAACAUUUUGUAAGACAUUUAAUAAGACAAUAUAAAGGUUCAUAAAGAUAUUAUAAAAGGCUUAUAACGUGUCUAUGGCCUCCGCAGGAAAAGCCCCAGCUGGCCCCGGAGCCGUUAGUGAUGGAGGACUUGGAGCCCCUGAUGGGCCAGCUCAACAACUGGAACUUCCCCAUCUUCAGCUUGGUGGAGAAGACCCAGGGCAAAUGUGGCCGCAUCCUCAGCCAGGUGAGACCAGCUACUGUACAGCCUAGUCAGGUGAGCUGUAGCCAGGUGAGGACAGGUUAGAAUAGUUCAUCUUCAGCCAGGGCAAGGGUGGACACAUCCUCAACCAGGUGAGAGAAACAACCAAUCAGACAGGCUGAUGGUCAACCAUCUACCAGCCCAUUGGCCUGUCACUGUGUCAAUCGAUGAGUGUCUGUCAGGUGAGAAUCCGAUUGGUUGUUUGAGACAGAAGCGGUAACCUCGAGGUUAGAGAAUUGGACGGUAACUGGAGGGUUGCCGGUUCGAACGCCCGAGCUUCCUGCGGGGAAAUCUACCCUUAGGGUUUCAGGGGCGCUGCUCUGCUGCAGCCCCUGUGUUUGCUCCCAGCCUGUGAUGUGUUGUGUGUCAGGUUGGGUACUAUCACAGAAAACAUUUUGAAUAUCCGUACAAUUUAAGAAAGUAUUGAUACGUCUAUGAGAAUGAGGCCGUCUCUAAACCCAUAGACCAUUCAGAGUGUCAAUCAAAGAGUCUGUCUGACAGGUGAGAAUUUGAUUGGUCGUGUGAGCUCUCUGACUCUCUGUGUUUUGUUUCAGGUCUCUCACAGGCUAUUUGAAGACACAGGCCUAUUUGAGACCUUCAAGAUCCCGGUCCAAGAAUUCAUGAACUACUUCCAUGCUCUGGAGAAUGGCUACAGAGACAUACCAUGUAAGAACCCACCUUACCUAAAUUACCCUGCUCUCUUAAUAGGGCCGGUUUUGCAGACACAGAUUAAGCAAAGUAUUGAACCAAAAAGCAUAUUCAAUGGAAAAUCACAGUUGAGAGUACAUUUUAGUCCAGGACUAGACCUAAUCUGUGCCCGGGAUAUUGGCCCUUAAUGUUUUGUGUAUGUUUUGUUUAUUAUAUUGAAGUUGAGUUAAAAGUAUAAUAUCAGCAGUAAACCACAAGAGGGCGAUGUUACACCAUAUUUCUUUCCACUCUCCAUUCACACAAGUUUACGGUACUGUCUCUCCAUUCAUUUUUACCCCACACUAGAAACAUAAACAGUGUGCCCUAGUGGAUAUUAUCACUACUGAAAUGUCUCAUAUUCUCUCCCUUUCACUCUCUAGUCUUGGUAAAUAUAUUGAAUUGCACCAAUAAAGGUUGUUUUUUAAGUCAAUCAAUCAAUCAAUCCAGAUCACAACAGAAUCCAUGCUACAGACGUGCUCCAUGCAGUCUGGUACCUCACCACCCAGGCCGUGCCAGGUCUGCCCAGCCUCGUCACCGACCAUUGCUCUGCAAGCGACUCAGGUGGGUACCAGGGUUUAAUUGAAUGCAGGCUGAAUUUUAUCAUAAUGACACUUCUUGCUCUUGCUUGAUUUGGCAUCAGGAGAUUGAAAAGCAUUAUUUAUUGAGAACUAGAAUUUCGACAUGUUUGGGACUGUAUUAGAAGACGACCAACAGUUUUUUUUUCUCAAUAAAAUGCUGUUUUGAACGUAACAUCAUUAUGUUAGUUAUGGUUGUCAACUUGAGGAAGAUCGAGAUUUUAUACAAAUCGAAGAGACUUAAGAGUCAAGUAUAUUUAUUAACAAAUUGCUAUAUCAAGACGCUUAAUAGAAUUUGUAACAAUCAGAUUAACUUUUGCCAUUCAUUUAACCAAGCCUAUACCUCCACCUCUCAUUACUCUUUGUAAGUCAUCUCAUUAAGAACAACACAUUGGAAUGUUUGUUACAGUUACAUCAAUGGUCUCAGACUGGGGGCUCAGCUUCUGUCCUGCGUCCCAAAUGCCCCCAAAUGGCACCCUAUUCCCUAUAUAGUGCACUACUUUUGACCAAGGCCCAGGGCUCUAGUCAAAACUAGUGCACUUUAAAGGGAAUAGGGUGCCAUUUGGGACGCCGUCUCUGUGUACCAAAUACUAUUUGAAGUUUAGCGAUGCAUGAGCGGGCAUGAAAUUGCAACCAGAUUAAAGUUCUCCCAACCCCUGAUUUUCAUAACCUAAUUUAUAUGCCUUAGUGCACCAACUCUUUGAUCCGAGCAUAAGUGGAUUUAGAGGUUGAGAUUUUGGGGCCUUUGAGGGUGCUGGCUGGUACACUUUUCACCCUACUGAGCCAAACCGUGCUGAGCUGUACUGCACUGGCCUGGUUACGCAUUCACCAUAGUGUCUGGAAAUGUGCUGGAAAGGACAAUGUGAAAAGAAACUACCUGAACCGUUGCAGUGUGGUUCAGGUUGGAACAAUGGUGUGAAUCAGAAUGCUACUCACACUCCGCUCCUCUCUCUCUCUCUCUCUCUCUCUCUCCCUAUCUCUCGCUCUCUUUCCCCUCGGCUCUCCCAGACUCUGACAGCGGCAUCACACACAGUCACAUGGGCUACCUGGUGUCGAAGACCUACAGUGUGUCGGAGGACGGGUAUGGCUGCCUGUCGGGGCUCAUCCCCGCCCUGGAGCUCAUGGCGCUGUACGUGGCAGCAGCCAUGCAUGACUACGACCACCCUGGGAGGACCAACGCCUUCCUGGUGGCCACAAGCGCACCACAGGUACUCCUCCUCUCUGUCAAAGCCCUUCAGGCUCCUCAAGUGAACAACAAAACCCUCAGAGUCAUACGUUGAACUGUUGUCUGCAGGGAGAGCAGAUAUUUUAUUUCAGGGAUAAGGAAAGUAGUGGUACAACACUGAAAAUAACUUGGAUUGCUGUUGUUAUGUGUUGUGGAACAGCAUGGGCAGUCCUCUGACCAGGUUAGAAUUUAGUUAAAUGUGUCUGGUUACCACCUCAGCACUAAUUCUCUCGCACCCUAUCUUCCCCUCUCCAGGCAGUGUUGUAUAACGACAGGUCGGUGCUCGAGAACCACCACGCUGCCUCGGCCUGGAACCUGUUCAUGUCCCGUCCAGAGUAUAACUUCCUGGUCAACCUGGACCACGUGGAGUUCAAACGCUUCCGCUUUCUGGUCAUAGAGGCCAUCCUUGCCACCGACCUCAAGAAACACUUUGACUUCCUGGCAGAGUUCAAUGCCAAGGUAAAACCAAUUUCAAUCAAUUCAUUAAUUAAAACGAAUAAUCUUUGGAGUGUUCACAGACCGUAAACCUGUGUUUUUGAUUUGAGUCUAAGAUCUCUUCAGCUAUGUUACAUACAUACACAUUACAUACAUGUUGUAUGUGAGAGUUCUGCUGCCUACCCCUGGUUUUUGUGGUGCAGGUUUGCACUGCAGAUUCAACGAGCCCUCAUUACAGCUCACUCUCUGUCCACGUUGGUCUGUUACACUAUCGCAAUAGCAUGGAGUCAAACCUAAGUGUUCUAGAAAAUCAGUUAGAUGUUGUUUUAAAAGGCUUUUGAGGAACAGUAUCCAGUGUGCCAGUACAUUUCUGGACCUUAAAUAUCCUCAUCAUAUUCUCAUUACAUCUCUUAACUAACCCAUAAGAAUAGAAGGCUCUAACCCGCAGCUUUUCAGGAAAUCCUAUUUGCAGUCUGUAUUCUGCAGCUAACAUUGAUGGGGACUGAGCCUUUCCACUGUGCUGUACUAAAGCCUUUCCACUGUGCUGUACUAAAGCCUUUCCACUGUGCUGUACUAAGCUUACUAAAGCCUUUCCACUGUGCUGUACUAAAGCCUUUCAAUCUGUGGUGUACUAACUCCAACGUGACUGCACUAAGCUUUUCCAUGUUGCUGCCUAAGUCCUUCCACUGUGUUACUAAACCUUCAUACUGUGCUGUACUGAAGCUUCACUGGCUGUACAAGCCUGUUCCACUGUGCGUGUACAAAGCCUUUGCACUGGCUGAUCAAAGCCCUUCCAGUUACAAAGCUUCCCUUCUGUCACUAAAGCUUUCCACUGUGCUGCACUAGCCAUUCCACUGUGUCUGCACUAAAGCUUUCCACUGUGCUUUUAAAAGCUUUCCUGUGCUGCACUAAAGCCUUCCACGUGUGUACCUAAGCCUUUCCACUGGCUGUAACUAAAGCCUAUUCCACUGUCUGUACUAAAGCCUUCCACUGGGUACUAAAGGCUCACUGUGCUUAAGCCUUUCCACUCUGUUGCACGAAACCUUUGCACUGUCUGUAUAAGCUUUCCACUGUGCUAGACUAAAGCUUCCACUGUGGUACUAAGCCUUUCCACUGUGCUGUACUAAAGCCUUUCCACUGUGCUGUACUAAAGCCUUUCCACUGUGCUGACUAAAGCCUUUCCACUGCUCAUAAGCUUCCACUGUGCUGUACUAAAGCCUUUCCACUGUGCUGUACUAAAGCCUUUCCACUGUGCUGUACUAAAGCCUUUCCACUGUGCUGCACUAAAGCCUUUCCACUGUGCUGUACUAAAGCCUUUCCACUGUGCUGUACUAAAGCCUUUCCACUGUGCUGUACUAAAGCCUUUCCACUGUGCUGUACUAAAGCCUUUCCACUGUGCUGUACUAAAGCCUUUCCACUGUGCUGUACUAAAGCCUUUCCACUGUGCUGACUAAAGCCUUUCCACUGUGCUGCACUAAAGCCUUUCCACUGUGCUGUACUAAAGCCUUUCCACUGUGCUGUACUAAAGCCUUUCCAUGUGCUGUACUAAAGCCUUUCCACUGUGCUGUACUAAAGCCUUUCCACUGUGCUGUACUAAAGCCUUUCCACUGUGCUGUACUAAAGCCUUUCCACUGUGCUGUACUAAAGCCUUUCCACUGUGCUGUACUAAAGCUGGUGAUAGUUAGGCACUGCCAGUUAUACAACGGAUUGCUGGCCUGCCACUAACGCCAGCAGUGUUAUGCCCAUUCAGUGUGUGUGUGUGUGUGUGUGUGUGUGUGUGUGUGUGUGUGUGUGUGUGUGUGUGUGUGUGUGUGUGUGUGUGUGUGUGUGUGUGUGUGUGUGUGUGUGUGUGUGUGUAACCUAGAGGUUAUUGAGUUAGCAUGAUAAGAAGCUAACAGGAGUCUUUUCUGUUCUCCUGGGUCUCCAACACUCAUUAGGCCUACCUAGACAUAACCAAUACAUUCAAAAAAGAAAAGGGUUUUGGAGAAGAUAAUUAAUCAACUUAAUUGUUCAUUUUAAAAGGUCAAAAUCAUUUAGGCAAUUUCACAGCACAGAACAGAUACACUACUGUUCAAAAGUUUGGGGUCAAUUGGAAAUGUCCUUGUUUUCGAAAGAAAAGCAAUUUUUUUGUCCAUUAAAAUAACAUUAAAUUGAUCAGAAAUACAGUGUAGACAUUGUUAAUGUUGUAAAUGGCUAUUGUAGCUGGAAACUGCAAAUGUUUAAUGGAAUAUCUACAUAGGCGUACAGAGGCCCAUUAUCAGUAACCAUCAGUCCAGAGUUCCAAUGGCACGUUAUGUUUGCUAAUCCAAGUUUUUUAUUUUAAAAGGCUAAUUGAUCAUUAGAAAACCCUUUUCGCAAUUCUGUUAGCACAGCUGAAAACUGUUGUGCUGAUUAAAGAGGCAAUAAAACUGGCCUUCUUGAGACUAGUUAAGUAUCUGGAGCAUCAGCAAUUGUGGGUUCGAUUACAGGCUCAAAAUGGCCAGAAACAAAUAACUUUCUUCUGAAACUCGUCAGUCUAUUCUUGUUCUGAGAAAUUAAGGCUAUUCUAUGCGAGAAAUUGCCAAGAAACUGAAGAUCUCGUACGACGCUGUGUACUACUCCCUUCACAGAACAGCGCAAACUGGCUCUAACCAGAAUAGAAAGAGGAGUGGGAGGCCCCGGUGCACAACUGAGCAAAAGGACAAAUACAUUAGAAUGUCUAGUUUGAGAAACAGGCGCCUCACAGGUCCUCAACUGGCAGCAUUAAAUCGUACCCGCAAAACACCAGUCUCAACGUCAACAGUGAAGAGGCGACUCCGGGAUGCUGACCUUCUAGGCAGAGUUGCAAAGAGAAAGCCAUAUCUCAGACUGCCCAUCUUAAUCUUUUCUUUUUAUUGGCCAGUCUGAGAUAUGGCUUCUUGUUUCUCAAACUAGACACUAAUGUAUAAUAGGGCCUCUGUACGCCUAUGUAAAUAUUCCAUAAAAAAUCAGCAGUUUCCAGCUACAAUAGCCAUUUACAACAUUAACAAUGUCUACACUGUAUUUCUGAUCAAUUUGAUGUUAUUUUAAUGGACAAAACAUUUGCUUUUCUUUCAAAAACAAGGACAUUUCUAAGUGACCCCAAACUUUUUGAUGGUUGUGUAGUUCCCGUGUAGCUCAGUUGGUAGAGCAUGGCGCUUGCCAGGGUUGUGAGUUCGAUUCCCACGGGGGGGCCAGUAUGAAAAUGUAUGUACUCUGGAUAAGACCGUCUGCUAAAUGACUAAAAUGUAGUGUACAUAUUGAAAGGUGGGGAUUAAAGGCAGAGUCCAAAAUAGGGAACGUUGGAGCCAUGUAAUUCUUAAUCAGGAAUUCAAUUUAAAUUUUACAUUCUUCGUUAAAUGACAACUGAUUUACCAUGUUAUUGAACUGCGUGUAUAUCUUUUUUUUCAGAUGUGUGAUAGAUUCAAGGUAUUGUACGUCCCCUGCUGGUACCAUAUAAGUUCACAAAGCAUUUUAUAAAGCAACAUAUUUUGUCUCUGUCUGUUACUAUAGGUAGGUGAUGACGUCACAAGGGGUAUUGAUUGGUCCAAUGAGAACGACAGACUGCUGGUGUGUCAGAUGUGCAUCAAGCUAGCUGACAUCACCGGCCCACUGAAACACAAGGACCUGCACCUACAGUGGACCAAGGGCAUCGUCGAUGAGUUCUAUGAACAGGUCAGAUUCUCUCUCUAUCUCACACACACAGAAACACAAGGACCUGCAUCUACAGUGGAUUGAGGGCAUCGCCCAAUGAGUUCUAUGAACAGGUGAGAUCCAAAUCAAACCCUAGCCCUACCCCUACCCCUACACCUACCCCUAGCCCCUACCCUAGCACCUAACUAGCCCCUACACCCCUACACCCUAGCCCUACCCUAGCAACCCUAGCCCUACACUCCCUAGCCCUACACCCUAGCCCUACACCCUAGCUACAACCCUACCCUACCACCCUAUACACCCUAGCCCCUACAAAUAGCCCCUAACCCUAGCCCCUACACCCUACACCUAGCCCCUACCCCUAGCACCUACACCCUAGCCCCUACAUACACCUACCCCUACCCUAGCCCCUACAACCCUACCCCCGCUACACUCUAGCCCCUACACCCUAGCCCCUACACCCUAGCCCCUACUAUGCCCUACACCCUAGCCCCUACACCCUAGCCCCUAACACCUAGCCCCUACUCACUCUAGCCCCUACACUCUAGCCCCUACACCCUAGCCCCUACACCCUAGCCCCUACACCUAGCCCCUACACCCUAGCCCUACACCUCUAGCCCCUCCCAACCCAGCCCCUACACCCUAGCCCCUACCAACCCUAGCCCCUACACCCUAGCCCUUACACCUCUAGCCCCUACUCCUAGCCCUACACCUUAGCCCCUACACCCUGCCCCUACACCCUAGCCCCUACACCCUAGCCCCUUACCCUCUAGCCCAUACACCAAAGCCCCUACACCCUAGCCCUUACACCCUAGCCCCUACACCCUAGCCCCUACACCCUAGCCCCUACACUCUAGCCCCUACACCCUAGCCCCUACACCCUAGCCCCUACACUCUAGCCCGUACACCCUAGCCCCUACACCCUAGCCCUACACCCUAGCCCCUUCACCCUACCCCAUACACUCUAACCCCUACACCCUAGCCCUUACACCCUAGCCCCUACAUUCUAGCCUCUACACCCUAGCCCUUACACCCUAGCCCCUUCACCCUACCCCAUGCACCCUAGACCCUAAACCCUAGCCCAUGCAGAUCUGAAACACACACUGAGUGUACAAAGCAUUAGGAACACCUGCUCUUUCCAUGACAUAGACUGACCAGGUGAAUCCAGGUGAAAGCUAUGAUCCCUUAUUGAUGUCACUUGUUAAAUCCACUUCAAUCAGUGUAGAUGACGGGGAGGAGACAGGUUAAAGAAGGAUUUUUAAUAUCAACUCAAUAUUAGGAAUGUGUUCAUAAUGUUUUGUACACUCUGUGUAUGUAAGGAGCAGGUAUGAACAGGUGAAAUUAAUAGUCAGUGUGUGUGUGUGUUUUUUCCUUCCAGUUUCUCAUUUUCAGGUCACACACAUACACACUCACACACUCACACAUACACACACACAUACACACACACAUACACAUGUGGGAGUAAAAUAUGUGACGUGCUUUCAAUCCCGAGGCGAUGGUUUGGAUUCACCAUGAUAGCACACGUGACACAUAUGACACCCAUAGACAAUCAGAUUCUAUUUAUUUAUGUAUGUUCAAACUGCGUGAUGACUUCAUGUGUGUUCUGUGUGACAGGAGGACAUACAGUGGGGGAAAAAAGUAUUUAGUCAGCCACCAAUUGUGCAAGUUCUCCCACUUAAAAAGAUGAGAGAGGCCUGUAAAUGACAAAAUGAGAAAAUAAAAUCCAGAAAAUCACAUUGUAGGAUUUUUAAUGAAUUUAUUUGCAAAUUAUGGUGGAAAAUAAGUAUUUGGUCACCUACAAACAAGCAAGAUUUCUGGCUCUCACAGACCUGUAACUUCUUCUUUAAGAGGCUCCUCUGUCCUCCACUCGUUACCUGUAUUAAUGGCACCUGUUUGAACUUGUUAUCAGUAUAAAAGACACCUGUCCACAACCUCAAACAGUCACACUCCAAACUCCACUAUGGCCAAGACCAAAGAGCUGUCAAAGGACACCAGAAACAAAAUUGCAGACCUGCACCAGGCUGGGAAGACUGAAUCUGCAAUAGGUAAGCAGCUUGGUUUGAAGAAAUCAACUGUGGGAGCAAUUAUUAGGAAAUGGAAGACAUACAAGACCACUGAUAAUCUCCCUCGAUCUGGGGCUCCACGCAAGAUCUCACCCCGUGGGGUCAAAAUGAUCAACAGAACGGUGAGCAAAAAUCCCAGAACCACACGGGGGGACCUAGUGAAUGACCUGCAGAGAGCUGGGACCAAAUUAACAAAGCCUACCAUCAGUAACACACUACGCCGCCAGGGACUCAAAUCCUGCAGUGCCAGACGUGUCCCCCUGCUUAAGCCAGUACAUGUCCAGGCCCGUCUGAAGUUUGCUAGAGUGCAUUUGGAUGAUCCAGAAGAGGAUUGGGAGAAUGUCGUAUGGUCAGAUGAAACCAAAAUAGAACUUUUUGGUAAAAACUCAACUCGUCGUGUUUGGAGGACAAAGAAUGCUGAGUUGCAUCCAAAGAACACCAUACCUACUGUGAAGCAUGGGGGUGGAAACAUCAUGCUUUGGGGCUGUUUUUCUGCAAAGGGACCAGGACGACUGAUCUGUGUAAAGGAAAGAAUGAAUGGGGCCAUGUAUCGUGAGAUUUUGAGUGAAAACCUCCUUCCAUCAGCAAGGGCAUUGAAGAUGAAACGUGGCUGGGUCUUUCAGCAUGACAAUGAUCACAAACACACCGCCCGGGCAACGAAGGAGUGGCUUCGUAAGAAGCAUUUCAAGGUCCUGGAGUGGCCUAGCCAGUCUCCAGAUCUCAAACCCAUAGAAAAUCUUUGGAGGGAGUUGAAAGUCGGUGUUGCCCAGCGACAGCCCCAACACAUCACUGCUCUAGAGGAGAUUAGGAGACUUACAGAAAACGUUUGACCUGUGUCAUUGCCAACAAAGGGUAUAUAACAAAGUAUUGAGAAACUUUUGUUAUUGACCAAAUACUUAUUUUCCACCAUAAUUUGCAAAUAAAUUCAUAAAAAAUCCUACUAUGUGAUUUUCUGGAUUUUUUUUCUCAUUUUGUCUGUCAUAGUUGACGUGUACCUAUGAUGAAAAUUACAGGCCUCUCUCAUCUUUUUAAGUGGGAGAACUUGCACAAUUGGUGGCUGACUAAAUACUUUUUUUCCCCACUGUAUGACGACAUAUGACAUAUGUUGCACGACUGAAAUUCUCUGAUAAGGAAUAUGCAUCAGUUCUUCUGCCAUGGCCAAUCACUUUUAUGCCAAUUAUUUAUAUUUACGGCAAUAGGAAAUAGGACACCAGAUAUGCCAAGCCUCCUUCAUAGUGUAGAAGAACAGUGUGUACUCCAGAAGCCUUCAGUGACAAUGACCCCAAUGAUGGAUAGGAUUGAAUAUGGUGAUGAUGACGCUGUUGGGUUGCCAGGCAACCGGCUCUCCCAUUCAGGUGGAGGAGCAGCAGUGAUUACACAGACAGGCAGGCAGACAGACAGACAGGCAGGCAGGCAGGCAGACAGACAGACAGACAGACAGGCAGGCAGACAGGCAGGCAGGCAGGCAGACAUGCAGGCAGGCAGGCAGGCAGACAGACAGACAGACAGGCAGGCAGGCAGGCAGGCAGGCAGACAGGCAGGCAGGCAGGCAGGCAGGCAGGCAGACAUGCAGACAGACAGACAGACAGACAGACAGACAGACAGACAGACAACGGCUUUGGAGCCAAUGUGUGGGGUGUUCUGUCGCAAGCCUGUGACACACACACACACACACACACACACACACACACACACACACAUGCAUGUCCACCACAGAAAAUGUUUUCUUAGUAUUCCAAAUGUACAAUUGAGAAAGAACCAGUGAUGACUGACUAUGUGGGUUGCUUGCUUCUUCCUCCAUCUUCUAACUGCCAUCCCAGUCACCUGCCCCACUGUCCACAGUACCUCUCAGUGACUACAACCAACAAGCCAGACAAUCCUAGGGGGGGGGGGGGGGGGGGGGGGGGGGGGGGGGGGGGUGUUUGGGGUGCAGCAGGAGACUCUUGAGAGAGAAGGAAACAAUCUAAACCCAUGUAAAUCCCAUCUAAUCACAGACCCCCCCCCCCCCCCCAUUUUUCAUACCUUUUUUUCCUCUUUGUGCCUUUAGAUGAAAAUAGCUCCUGCCUGGUGGAUACAUGAACACACUCUAUAGUUUAGUACUCUGAUGGCGUGGUUGCUGACACUCACAAGGCCUGUUUCCAUGGCAACCGGGAGACCUUGCUGUGUGGUUGUUGGCCAUUUACAUCUGGUCCUAGACGGCACGCAUUGCUCUGUAAAGUCCACAGUGUGUCACUGAGGAAGAUAUGAGAUGGACUAGCCUGUGUGUUGUGUAACUAGCAUAUUUAUUUUCACAUAAUGUGAAACUGUGGAGAUUUAAAAUAUUUGAUUUAUACGCCUAUACUGUCUGGUGUUCACCCAUAAAAUUAUUUUUUCAUGCAAUGUUUAUAAAAAAUAUGUUCAUUCAAUAGAGGAUUGCAAUAGAAAAUCAAUAGUCCAAACCCUAUGUCUCUACCAUAUAUGGUUAAAAAAUACAGACAAUUUAAUCCAGGCUCUGUCGCAGCCGGCCGCGACCGGGAGACCCAUGGGGCGGUGCACAAUUGGCCCAGCGUCGUCCAGGGUAGGGGAGGGAAUGGCCGGCAGGGAUGGAGCUCAGUUGAUAGAGCAUGGCGUUUGCAACGCCAGGGUUGUGGGUUCAAUUCCCACGGGGGGCCAGUAUAAAAAAAAUAUGUAUUCACUAACUGUAAAUCGCUCUGGAUUAGAGCGUCUGCUAAAUGACUCAAAUGUAAAUGUAAAUGUAAUAAUUUAGCAUUAUUAGAGUGAAUAGAAUGUCAUUAUUGCCACGGUCAAAAAGUGGUCGCUGCUCAAUAGAACUCUGUCACUGCUCCGAGGGCGAAACGGCGCUAACUUCGAACGUCAACUGACAAGCUAACAAGCAGCUUUGUGUGUGAUAACACAUGCUAUUUCUAAAUGAAAUCCGCUUUGUACAAAAUAAAAUUGGGCUAUAUAUUCAUUUACAAAGCUAACAGACUGAAUUUCAAUAUCGAACUUCCCUGAAGGCAAUAGGUGUGUUCGAGCGGUAAGCCUAACGAAGCCGACUGUAGACGAAGGUCGGCGAGUGAAGUCAGGGGAGGUGCAUCUCUGAUCGCCGAAAGUCGGACACGGUAGUGGUCUCAGAUCAACAUGGCAGUGUCAACAUAGCUGCAAUUGUUUAUAAAAGUUUUUCUGUAUAAAUGUUGAAAUAAACAUUCUAUAUCCCCAUAUCAUACACUAACAAACUGAAAACAUAACGUGUGUUAAUUGGUUAAUUAAUUGGUUAGAGAGAGGUCUCAAAUGUCACUUUCAUUUGUAUCCCCUUCAGCUUUAGAAUCGCUGCAAAGUUCCGGUUUCAGUCACGUUUUCAAACCAAAACACCCUAAUGAUUGGUUGACAAAGGUGCCUCCCACAAUGCAGGUGAUGGUGAGGAGCAGCUGCAGCGACUUGAAGGCAACUUCAUCAAAAGCUGCAUGACCUUUGAUCACAUGAUUUUUGUAAAGUUCAUGCAGUUGACGUGUUGAAAUUUGAAAAUUUUAUAACCAUAAUUUUUACAUUUUAGUCAUUUAGCAGACGCUCUUAUCCAGAGCGACUUACAGUUAGUGAGUGCAUACAUUUUCAUAAUGCAACACACUUUGAAAGGCGGUGACCAACGACUUGACAAACAUGAUCCGCUCGACACGCUCAAGUUUCAUGGUGUAUUUCGGAGUGUCCCCUUUAAAUCACCAUAGAAACAGCCCCUCUCAAGGUUGAUUGACAGGGGUGAGAGGAAUCAAAAGCCACGGAUCUGGAGAUAAACAUGACGAAGGUAUCGAGUUGAUUUUGAUUGGUCCAAAGCACGGAAACACCUCCAAAUGUUACCAACUCCCAACACCAAAAAAUAGAAGAGAUACAACCAAGAGCAGCGGUCACAACAAAUGAACGUUCUUAUUUAAAGUAACUGCCCAGUAUUUCCAGAGGUAAUUAAGUAUGUUAUGAAGCAGAUUUUCUGUGUUGGAAGGGUGUGGGCGUAUUCUGGUCAUUAAAACAUAUUGGUGAUGAUGACAUUAUGUUCUAUGAGGAAAUAGCAAGUCUUUUAUAUAAACAGUCUGUUUGAGAAAGGUUUUUUAAAGUGUUUUUUUCUCCAAUUUAUGCUUUGGCCACAAAUACUAGUAUAGGACAAGUCAACAUUAUUUGGAUAUGAGUUAACAGAAUAUUAACUUUUAAAAGUAAUAUUUUCACUGGGCAGUUAAUGUAAUCAACACGGAUAAAGAUGCAGUAAGUCAUGUCAGAAGCUAGCAGAUACAUUACUUACCAACAACAGCUGCAAAUUACAACAAAACUACAUCACGCUUUGAAGUUCACUUUCUGUGAUUUGUCUAACAACACUAUCAUGAAUCUAGCAAAUAUGUUUUGUGGGUCAGAGUGCAGUUUUUUUUUUUUUUUCAUAGCACAAUCUUUUGUUAGUACGUUUCUCACACUGGCUUUAGCCACGGAGCAGGGGGGUUGCCUAGCAACACAUGCCUCGGAGGGAGACAAUGUCUGCAUUGCACGACAAAUUCCUGUGAUUUGUGAAUCUGUUUGGACUGAACAGCUAGCGUGAUUUCAGCUAAUAGGGAGAAUUAUCUAACAAAAUGACUACAUUAUGGCAUAUACUAAUCAUAAAAUAUUUACAUAUAAUAGACAUUUCGGGUACAUUUGUGGACAAAAUUCUUAAUUACCCAACCUUUAAGUACAAGCAUAUGAAGGUUAUAAUAUUGUAGAGGACAAUGUAAUUAUUAAUUGUAUGUGAUUCGAAAUGACAGAAAACUACAUUUAGACAUUAAUUUAUUAGUACCCUCUUGAAUGUAUCCAUAUUUCGCUACAUUCUAGAGCAGUGAGUGAAUGCCUUAUCGUGUGUAAUCAUCAUUGAUCACCCCACGUGACAUGAUGCUAUCUGUAGCCUACAGAUGUUAAAUGGUUUUUUUUAAUCUCUUGACUAUAGAACCAAAAAACCUCCUAGCAACCAUUUGUUGCGAGACAAUAAAGUCCUCUGAUUCUAAAAAGUGAACGUGUCAUCACCUCUUCCACAGGGUGACGAGGAGUCCAGCCAGGGCCUUCCCAUCAGCCCUUUCAUGGACCGCUCUGCUCCCCAGCUGGCUAAGCUCCAGGAGUCCUUCAUCACCCACAUCGUAGGACCGCUCUGUAACUCAUACGACUCCGCAGCACUCAUGCCUGGACGUUGGGUGGAACCUAACCCCGAGGAGGAGGAAGAGGAGGAGCACGAGGAGGAGGAGGAGGAGGAUACGACAGAGGAUGAAGAUGGGUCGACUAGCUCGGAGGCAUCGCGUAAGAUUGUUACUCACAUCUGUUUCCUUUACUUUACUUGGUGUAGUUGACAGGGACAAUGCACAUUAAUGUGCCAGAUUUAGGCAGAAAGCUCAUUUAUGUGAAUCAAUGCAUGAAAAGACAAGUGUAUAUUUCUUUCAAAACCCUUCUGUAGAGAAAGAGAAAGCAGCUCCCAAGAAGAGGAGGAAAGUGUUCUGUCAGAUCACCCAGCACCUGAUGGACAACCACGAGAUGUGGAAGAAGGUGAUCGCAGAGGAAACCCCCAAGCAAAACAAUGUAGCUGAGCCAAUCCUAUCCAUCCACGAGGAGGAGGAGGAGCCAGGGAGCAGGGAGGAUGUAGUGGAGGAGGAGGAGCCAGAAGUGGAAGGGGAGGGGCCAGAGGAGGAAGUAGAUGAGGAGUGGCCAGCGCCCCCGCAGGACGAGUCUGAACCUGCAGAAGAAGAGGCGUCGCCAGAGUGAGGGCCUCAAAUGCUCAUGGUGAGUGCUAUUCGGAAUCCUUGGGAUGUUGCUACCCUAAAUCCUAACCUUAACCCCUACCCUAACCAUAACCAUAACCAUAACCCUUACCUUAACCAAUUUAAAUGUCAACUUAAAUGGGGUAGGGAUGUCCCAAGGAUCCCAGAUAGCAAGAACCAAAGGCUCAUGGGAAUGAAACAAGGCAGCCAUUGGCCCGAGCCAGAACGUGAAAUUACUUUUUCUAUCCUAUUGACAAACAGACUGACUGUUUAUUAUUUUUUUGUUGCCAGCACAUUCACUUAGACACAACACUGUAGAAGUUUGGGAAAUUGUGCCUAAUGAAAAUGUAACAGAGGGUGGGGGAUAUUUACUUGUGUUUUACACAUUUUAUAUAUAAAAACAAAGAAUGGUCAGGUUCAGAAAACUCAGUCAUCCGUCCUCUUGAGGAACUGUCCAUUAUUACAAUAUCCUACAGGAUCAUAUACUGUACGUAACUAACUGGUAUAAGAGAUCACGAAACAUACAGACUCUUUUUGCUACCGUCAAGAGUGGAUCAAGACUUGGUCAUGAAGACCUCAAACCCAUUGUGUAAACAACGGACUGCAGAGACUGCUGCCAAUUUAUAUAUAAGAAAUAUUUUCUAAAUGCAAUUAUACUUAAACAUCACAUUCACCUGUACUCACGUGUGUUUUGUUUAGGGGGGUAUUUUAAGUAUUUUGUCUGGGUCUGAUAAGUCUCAGUAAUAUGGUUUUAUUUUUACUAUGUGGAUUGAGAAGGGAAAGAUUAGACUGACCAGCUCCCUACAAAUCUACAUUUUCCAGCUUAUUAAUGUUAUUUAAUUGAUUCCAUAUUGCAUCUCACACCUAUACUCUGUAGCACACAACAGCAAGCAUGCCCUCUAGCCAUCUUUUAGUUUUUACUGAAAAACCGAAACGGUCGGUGUAGCCCCCCCACUUUAAGGCCCCUCGAUGAUCUAUGACAUCAGCAGAACCAUCCGCAGGUAACAUUGCUCAUGUGAUGUACUCCACUGAGCAGAACAUGCUGACUUCAGUCCAGGGUCUUAGAUUUGACCAACGGCUUGGUUCAGAGGAGGUUGGAACACGCUAAAGGUCAAGAAAGGAGUCAGAAAAGGAUACGUUAGGAUACUGUAGCUCCUAUGAGUGUUUCUCUAAUACACUGAAAAAAACAGGCUGUCUGCUAAUGAUGUAGUCCCAUGACUAUAAGGCACAUGAUAAGUUCCUCAACCUAACUCAAAAGAUGGUCCUCUGUAGCUCAGCUGGUAGAGCACGGCGCUUGUAACGCCAGGGUAGUGGGUUCGACUGUAAGUCGCUUUGGAUAAGAGCGUCUGCUAAGUGGGACAUUAUUAUUAUUAUUAUUAUAAAGAUAGGAUUCUUCCGCUACUACCAGAUCAACUGAUUACGUAGAGUUAUUUUAUUUUGCCUUUAUUUAACCAGGUAAGUCCUUGAGAACACAUUCUCAUUUACAACAAUGACCUACAGAUACACGGUAAUACAGGAGCAAACACAAACACGCAGUAUACAAUCUCUAAGCCAUACAAGGAGGAACCAUUUACUGUGAGGUGAUUUUUUUUUAGGGAGAGAGCAGAGUAGCACAAAUGAUCCUAGCAUUGACAGCCAGCCUGCAUCCUAAUUUAUUUUUUUAUUUCUCAGUCAUUUUAGCAGACGCUCUUAUCCAGAGCGACUCACAGUUAGUGAGUUCAGACAUUUUCAUACUAAAUGACACCCUAUUCCCUUUGUAGAGCGAGCAGAGCUCUGGUCAAAAGUAGUGCACUAUACAGGGAAUAGGGUGCCAUUUGGGACGUACCCCACUUCUUGACGCACAUUGCAAUGUUCUAGGAAACGCAUGGACAUCUGCCAGCAGUCAGAUGUAUAGACUAUAGAACUAUAGAGGUAUACAACUGGCUUUGAACUAUGUAGGUAUACAACUGGCUUUGAACUAUGGAGGUAUACAACUGGCUUUGAACUAUGGAGGUAUACAACUGGCUUUGAACUAUGGAGGUAUACAACUGGCUUUGAACUAUGGAGGUAUACAACUGGCUUUGAACUAUAGAGGUAUACAACUGCUGAAUAUAGGUAUCAACUGGCUUUGAACUAUGAGGUAUACAAAUGGCUUUGACUAUAGGUAUCCAUGGCUUUGACUCAUGGACGUUAUACACGGCCUUUGACUUAUGAGGUAUACACUGGCUUUGAACAUAGGGAUACACACAUGCUUCACUAUAAGUUACAACGCUUGACAUAAGGUCAUGACAAGGCUUUACUUAGGUGUACACUGGCUUUGAACACUAUGAGUAUACAACUGGCUUGACUAUGGAGGUAUACCUGGCUGAUAUAAGGUAAUAAACUGGCUUUGAACUAUAGGGUACAACUGGCUGUUGAAUUGGAGUACAACUGGCUUUAGGACUACUGGAGGUAUAACUGGCUUUGACUUAGGGUACAACUGGCUGACUAAGGUGAAUAGACCUGUGCUUGACUAUGGGGUAACCUGGUGACUAUAAGGUGAAACUGCUUGAACUUGGGGCUACCUGGCUUGAAGUAAGAUAUAGCUGGCUUGACUAUGGGGGUAUAAACCAUGGCUUUUAACUUAGGAGGUAACAACUGUGCGUUUCCUCUCUGCCUGUGGCAAUAUUCUCAUGUCCCCUCCUAAUCCACCUCGCCCCUCUCCUUCUAUUAGCCUUCUAUUAACAUGCGAACACACAAUGUUCCCACCGUGAAUAACAGUACACACAACAGCUCAAUGACAAGGCUCUUCUCUGUGUACUGCUGCCAAACCCUAUACUAUAAACACUGUGUAUGCUUUAGUGGGCGACCUGGGUAAGGUGAAUAGUAGCCUGUGCUUUAGGGGGCGACCUGGGUAAGGUGAAUAGUAGCCUUGUGCUUUAGGGAUGACCUGGAAGGUGAAUAGUAACCUGUGCUUUAAGGGGUGCGAGGCGGUAAGGUGAAUAGUAGCCUGUGCUUUAAGGGGAAGGACCUGGGUAAAGGUGGAAUAGCAGCCUGGGCUUUUAGGGGGGGCCGACCUGGGUUAAGGUGCAAAUAGUAGCCUGUGCUUUUCGGGGCGACCUGGGUAAGGGUGAAUAGUAGCCUGUGCUUUAGGGGGCGACCUGGGUAAGGUGAAUAGUAGCCUGUGCUUUUCGGGGCGACCUGGGUAAGGUGAAUAGUAGCCUAUGCUUUAGGGGGUGACCUGGGUAAGGUGAAUAGUAGCCUGUGCUUCAGGGGGUGACCUGGGUAAGGUGAAUAGUAGCCUGUGCUUAAGGGGGUGACCUGGGCAAGGUGUAUAGUAGCCUGUGCUUUAGGGGAUGACCUGGGUAAGGUGAAUAGUAGCCUGUGCUUUAGGGGGUGACCUGGGUAAGGUGAAUAGUAGCCUGUGCUUCUUGUACAUUUUGGGUUCCUUCUCCUUUCAUCCCAAAUUUGACAUCAUUCUUUUACAUGAUCUUUCUCAAUCAGGUUUUUAUAAUUCUUCCAAUUGAAAAUGGUAGAUUAUUGAUAUGAUGACUUGUUUAGUGCGCUGCAUAGAUAGCAUACUCUACAGUAUAUGGAAAAAGCUGUAUAGUUGUAUUGCUUAUGAAAAUGUUAUGUAUGCUAUAUAAAGCCUUUAUAGGUUGUAAGUUGUAAGGGACCUUUUAAAAUGUAUUUUUGGAUUGGAAUCCAGGUUUAUGUAGAGUUUAAUCCACAGCCUUCCUGUAGCAAAAUGCCCAUGUUCAGAUAGAAGGGACUUCCAAUAACUUUCUAGUAACAGACACAAACAUCGAUCCAUUCAUGCUCCUCAGAGAAAAACGUCACACUGUAUGCAACGCUUGGCUUCACCAUAGAUGCAGUAAAGAGGUCAAUGGAAUGCAGACCGUGGGGGACAGAAGGACGCUGGAUUGGGGCACAUUCAACAAAUCUGAUCCCACAAAGUGGAUAUUGGUCAAAUUCGUCAGAAUGUAUUGUCACAGGCCCACAAUGAGGUUACCAAAAGUCUGAUUUGGAUAUCAAGUAUUUGGUUGUUUUUGCUGCAUAACGUUUAGAAGUUGUCCCUUUUCAGGAUUAGAAAAAGUGACUGCUAAAUGCUAACUCCCGUUUGUGUAAGCUGGUAGCAUAGCUAGCAUACAGAAAUCGGUGGUGGUAGUCAAUGUCGUUUUUAAUUGUAAUGCAGUUGAUUGGUGAUGAUGACAUGAACAUGUUGACAUCCAUACAAGCAUUAUACUCCGAUUUUUACCUCAACAUCAUGUUUAAUAUACACAUAUAAAGACUAGCCUAAAUGCAGGCUAAUUUUGCUUUGGGGUCAAUGAGGAGAUUCGGGAUAUUUCCCCCCUGGCAUCUUUCCCCCCGCGCGUUUCCAUGGCAUUUCCAUUGUUUUGGUCGAAUUCCACUGACCUCUUUACCAUCUAUCCUUUCUAUACGCUCUUUAUAAAGUUGAACUGAAUGACACUGUGUGAGCAACACAGGUUACCAUUUACAUGAUAUGAUUCUGCAUCACAUUUAUCACACGUAGCACAAUAUAUAUGGUUUAAGUCUUUAUCACACAUAGCAUAACAUAUGGUCUCAGUCAUUUUCUGUGAUAUCAAAUGAUGCUGUUGCCCACCACCUGUGAAAUAUGAUAAGUAAUAUUCAUUUAUUUCAGAAAGUUCAAAAAGAUUGGGAAUGUUUUUGUGAAAUAAUAUUAGUUAUGGUAGAGCCCCAUGUGUUUAUAUGAUCAUGUUAUUAAUUUAAUUGGACAUUCUAAUUCCUGAUGCAUGAUGGUCCACAGAACGAUUGUUUAACGUGUGUGUGUGUGUGUGUAAUAACUUUCCCCUCUGAUCUCUUGUCAGUAUGGCCUGCCAAUCGGAUGGACGCACACAAAACUACGAGACAUUAAACAUGUAAAAACUGUAGAGUUCAGUUUAUUAUUUUGAAUAAUGCGUCACAUUUUGGCAACCUUGACACAGCUCAUUUGGUUUUGCAAUGGCACAGUGGUCACUGAUCAGUCAAUCUCCCUCCUAUUUGUCCGACUGUCAGAGACUCCCACCUCACCUUU